AUGCAACAUCAUUUUUCUUCCAAUCUUGUAUUUUACUGGACCGGCAUCGUGGCGUUAAUCUUCCAAGCAUGGCUCACCUUUGCGUCUCAUAGCACAGUCCGAAACCUCGGUUAUGAAAUCUUCAAAAUGACGCAUUUCUUUGCUGCUGUUUUAUUUAUGUUGACAUUCUUUUGGCACUGCGGCUUUAGGCUCAGCUCAUGGGACUAUUUUAUUGCGACAGCAGCUGUAUAUAUUCCCUGUUAUGUCUAUCCCUGGCUUCGAACUUGCGUUGAGUACGGCGUCGGCCAGAAAGCUCAGCUUUUUGUGGAAGAUAAUGGCUUUAUUCUCAUCACAAUUCCAGUCAAGUUCAACUGGAAACCCGGACAGUAUUGCUUCCUGCGAUUUACAAGCUUUGGUCUACUACACGCUCUCUCGUCUCACCCUUUUACUAUUUGCUCCUUGCCUGCAGUAGCACCGAAUGAGCAAUCUGAACUCGUCUUUUAUAUUCGUCAGGGAAGCGGCCUCACCGCUCAAUUACGGCAGUACGCUCUGGAGCAGCCUGGAAGCUCGGUAACCGUGCUCGUUGAUGGUCCCUAUGGAGGUAUCAAUGAGCAGCAGUAUUAUGAUGGCAGACAUCUCCUUGUCAUUGCAGGUGGCUCAGGCGCAGGCUGGUGUUUUCCCUUCAUCGAGCGAUUUGCUAGGCAACGUUGGAUGUCAGCAGAUGAAGAGCACGGCCAAAUUGUGUCAACCGACGGCAAGGACGGUGUUCCCAGCAAAGCUGUUUCUAAAACCCCCGGCUCUGGGCCGCUGUCGCUGCGUGUCAUCUUGGUCACUCGAGACGUCAGUAGCCGCGCAUGGUUUCUCCGUACCAUCAACGAGCUGCUAUCAAAAUCUUUAGCAAGGGAUUCAUCAUCUCACAUUGACGUACAAGUCUAUCUGACCGGACAGGAUUUACAGAAAGUCAAUUCAACAGAUAUAGCCAUAGAAGGCCCGGCUUCGAAAGAAUCUGCCGUAGUGGUGGACGAUAAAAUCAUUCCGGAAGGACACAAGCUCAUUGCAUCAGAAAAAGAAUUUCAUGGCCGGCCACAGUUAACUCAAAUCAUCCACGAAGAGGCAGCCAUGGUAUUGGAAGCAGGGCAAUCACUCAACGUCUAUGUUUGCGGACCUACCACAAUGCAAAACGAUGUACGCAAUGCUGCCGCCGAAGAAAACCUAAACAUUGUUACAGGUUCGAAACACGGCCAAGUCUAUAUUCACUCCGAACAUUUCUCGUGGGCAUGA